GGGUGUCAUUGCUGACGUCACGACGUCGCCUCCAGUCGACUGGCUGCUGUACUUCCUUGUUUACCGUCUUGUCCAACGCCAACAGAAAUAAUCCUUUUGCUGUUAAUGGCGCUUUCGUGUUGCGAUAAGCACAAGCGAUAGCAUCAAUAUAACACAUUACUGUCGAUACCUGAAGCUGUCGUGAAGUGCUCGCUGUCCGCGCGGCUCGAUGAUGGCGUCCAGCUAUAACGCGAAGGAUGAGGACGGUCAUCACCCGGGAUCGGUGAGCUCCGGGGGCCCCGGCGCCGUUAAGAGCAAGAAGCCCGAUAACACGGCCUUUAAACAGCAGCGUCUGCCCGCCUGGCAGCCCAUCCUGACCGCCGGCACCGUCCUGCCUGCCUUCUUCAUGAUCGGGCUCAUCUUCAUCCCCAUCGGCAUCGGACUCCUCGUCACCUCCAACAACAUCAAAGAGUUUGAGGUGGACUACACUGGUGUGGACAUGUCCAGUCCGUGUUUCAACUGUGCGCAGAACUACAGCUGGAACAGCACGAGUGUGUGCACCUGCUCUGUGCCCUUCACACUCGACCAGCCUUUUGAGAGUAAUGUUUUUAUGUACUAUGGACUCUCCAACUUCUAUCAAAACCAUAGACGUUACGUCAAAUCAAGAGAUGACAGUCAGCUGAAUGGAGAUAAGAGCUCUUUACUGAACCCGAGUAAAGAGUGUGAACCCUAUCGAUCGAGUGAUAAGAAGCCCAUUGCUCCCUGUGGGGCCAUUGCUAACAGUCUCUUCAAUGAUACUUUGGAGCUGUUUUAUAACCAUCCAAAUGGAAGCAGAAUAGCUAUUCAUCUGGUUAAGACGGGCAUCGCUUGGUGGACUGACAAGCACGUGAAGUUCAGAAACCCAGGAGGAAACAACAACAACCUCUCCAUUGUGUUCCAAGAUACAAGUAAACCUGUAAACUGGCACAAACCGGUUUACGAGCUGGACCUGUCUGAUCCUGACAACAACGGUUUCAUCAAUGAGGAUUUCAUCGUGUGGAUGAGGACCGCUGCCCUCCCCACCUUCAGGAAACUCUACCGCAUCAUUCAGAAGAAGAAGGACAACAUGACCCCCACAUUACCGCCCGGAAACUACAGCCUGGACGUGACCUACAAUUACCCAGUGCGCAGCUUUGAUGGCCGCAAGCGCAUGAUCCUCAGCACGAUCUCCUGGAUGGGAGGGAAGAACCCUUUCCUGGGCAUUGCCUACAUCACCGUGGGCUCCGUCUGUUUCUUCCUGGGAGUGGUGCUUCUGAUCAUCCACCAUAAAUACGGCAACCGCAACAACAACGCUGACAUCCCUAACUAACUAGCAGCAGACUGCGGUGUGUACAGUGACGUGAGAGUCCAGUCGUCGUAUCUCACGCUGCUGUACACACACAGGUGCUCAGAGGAACUACUUGCAAACCUAUUGUGUAUGCACUGGCAGUGUUUUAAGCAUUUAUUUCAUCCACACCAAAGCUUUAUAUUUUAUGGUCUUUCUACAUGAAGUGUUUUAGAGGAGCUGGGUGAUGUGUAGUCAUACAGACUGUAUUUAAAUGCUUCCCAACACAAAGACAUGUCUAGAUCAUAUUUAAUAAUAAUACAGGCAAUGAAGCACUUUGUAUUGACGUUAAAUAUACACACACAUUGUGCAAAAUAGAAAGGUGUUUUGGACAGGCUUGGUGAAAUUCAUCCGUGUUGCUAAUGGUAUGGUACAUGUAAUAAUGCAAUAUUUCUGAUAUUUUGACGGAUUAUGUUACUUUGUUAUUUAAAAUGCUGAGCUGUGAGUGUCUAGAUAUGCUUAAAGCAAGUGUGUUUUUAGUUUCUUCUUAUAAAAGCUUGUUUUGUGCAGUGUAUUUAAAAAGGUAUAUGUGUGUGUUUUGCAACAACUAAGGAUCCUUUAUCAUCUCAUGUCUGUGGUUGAGCCGAAGUCGUUUCAUUUGCUCAUGAGUUGUGUGAUAAUAAACAUCAAAUGCAUGA